GGCUUGGUGGUCAGAGGGCGCUAUCAGCUGCUGAAGGCUGCGCACACGAGCAGCGGCAGGGACAUCAGAUAGGAGGAGAGAGAGAGAGAGAGAGAGAGAGAGAGAGACAGCGGGAGGGUGGACGGAGGCUCUCUCUCUUGUCGUAGUUGACGGUGUCGCUGGCACAGAUGGGCGCGACUCUCUCCCGCUGAACCGGCCACCGAUCCAGCAGCCAGCGGCCAGCAGCCAGCGGUCACCCGAUGCUGCCGGAAGCCACCGGAGCGCGGUUGGGUGAGCCACGUCUUGCGGAUGACACUCGGCUAGAACUGGCACCAUGCUCCCCCGUAACAUGCGAACAGGUGGCUGCGACCUGCCGGGGGUGGAGUCGACCGACGUGCCUCUCAUUGGCUACCGGCCCCUGCAGCCCGACAGCGAGGGCAACCGAUCACAAUCACGGAGGGGGAGCGGCGUCGACGAAUGGGAAGCUUCACAGGCGGAGCCCUCGCCAAUGAAGACCACCUGGUACUGUCCCCUGGAACUGUCCACUGUGGUGGAGGAGCAGGAUGACGGAGUGAUCUACACGGUGGUGGUCAAGCAGCAGCACGGGGCCCCCACCAGUCCGGCGUCGGCGUCUCGCUCCCAGUGUGUGAAAGCAGGGACGGAGGAGAAGCUGGUGCUCCACCUCCUCCACUCCUUUUCCACGGGGGACUCCUCCUUCAUCACCAUCUUCCUCUCCACCUAUCGGUCGUUCACCUCCACGGGCCGGGUGCUGGACAUCCUCACUGACAGAUUGGAGAAUCCGCCCGGGGGCGACGAGAGGAGCCGGAUGAGACAAUCUUUCAACCGAGCGGUGUGCACGGUGUUCAGCACGUGGCUCUCCGAGUACCCCGAGGACUUUGAGAGCUUGGAGGAGCCCUCCCGCCUGCUGCGCCUCGCCCCCCUGCUGCCCCGGGACUCCUCGUCGGCAGCCGAGCUCAGCGCGCGCGUCCUCGCGAUCGCCGAGGCGCUCAGCGAGAAAGGCCCGCUCCGGGAGGCCCGCAAAGAUCCCUCCGGUCUCGCCGGCCCUCCUCCGGACGCCUCCAGGUUUGAGCCCACCAGCGUCCUGGGGUUCCCCGCGGCGACCAUCGCAGAGCAGCUCACCAAAAUAGAGACCGAGCUGUUUGUCCGGCUGGUGCCGUACCACUGCCUCGGCUCGCUGUGGUCUCAGAGGGACAAGAAAGGGAGGGAGGGCGUGUGUUGGUCCGUCCGGGCCACCAUACGUCAGUUCAACAAGCUGGCCAACGCGGUCCUGGAAUUUGAGGUUUUAGCUCAAAUCCGGCUCCUGCAGUCUUCCUGCAAGAACUGCGUUUUCACCGCCGACGAGGCCUUCGCGCGGUGGUACCAGAGCGUGCCGUCGCUGACGGAGGCGGAGAGCUACAGGCUGUCCAAUGAGAUUGAGGCGCCCGGCGAGCCCAGCCCCCGCGGCUUACCCCCGUCGGUCGUCAUCACGCAGUGCCCGGACCUGAGUACCUCUCGGAGCAGCCUGACCGGCGACAGCGACAGCCUCUUUGACUUCCCCUCCCCCGUCAAUAAUCUACUCUCCAAACUCACAAAGCACAUGAAGUCUCCGUCCGUGUCCUGCCUGGACGUGGACACGUCCCCCUCCUCCACCAACGAGUCCACCCCCGCCGCGCUGACCCCGUCCGCGCCCGCCAAGUCGCACCGCCGCUCCGUCUCCUGCGGCAACAACCCCCCCAACAACAUCCAAGGGUCGGGGCCCGACAUGCGCAUCAUCCGGAUACGGAUGGACCUGCAGGACGGGAACUUGUACCGGAGCAUUCUGGUCACGAGCAACGACAAGUCCCCCACCGUGAUCAGCUCGGCCUUAGAAAAGCACAACCAGGACCCCAAACAGACGUCCAGAUACGAGCUGAUCCAGCUUCUGCCGGAAGCAAAAGAGCUGGCGAUCCCGGCUACAGGAAACGUCUUCUACGCCAUGUCGUCGUCCAGCGUGGACUUCCUGUUGCGGAGGAAAGGCGGGAGCGCUCCCCCGGGCUCGCAGCCAAUCAGCACGGAGACGAGCGCCACGUUUCCUCGAAUCAAGGCCAAGGGAAGGAGACUGGUCAGGACACUAUUUUGACGUCCGAUGGUUCCCCCCCCCCUCCCCCCUCGACGCGACCUUGUCUGUGGCCUCGGUGAACGUGGCCUUCCACACAUGCCGUUUUCUCCUCCUUUUCAAACAGUAUGCAUUAACUAUUCAAGAGCAAUGGAAGCCUUUAACUGGGUGCUUUUUUCGGUGCUGGCUCUCGGGUCGUGGUCCGGGUAGCACUCGAUUUAGGAAGAUCCUUUUUUUUUUUUUUUUUUUUAAAUGAUCCCCUGCUGUGGUGGGCCAUUUCUAAAUGCUGAAACGCAUUUGAUUGGUCGGAGCCUGAGACGCUGCUGAAGGAUCAGGGAAAGCUGUUUUUUUUUGUUUUAAAUGGGGAGGAUGCAUAAUGAGAUCUAGAUAUAAGGAGCCGAUCAGGUCCAGCACACACGAGGAGGCCCCAAAGACACACUGGAGCUUGUCAAAUGCGGCAUAAUAUGUGUUUUGUUUAUAUUUAUAUAUUUUGUACCUCUGUAUUUUAACACCGUGUUUACACUGGCGAAGAGCUCUGGGUCCACUUUUUCCAAAUUGUUUGAUUCACAGAGGAGGGACAAAAUGCUCUAAAUACCUGCAAGCUUUCCGCUUUAAAGAGGCCAGCACGUGUCUCCGGACAGUAAGAGGAAAAAUUUCAGCUUUGACUCAUGCAGAUACUGAUUUACACUCAAAGCUGCAUUAGUUGCCUCGUUUUAACAGUUCAUUAAUUCACUCAAAUUGGCUGCUGUUAUUAAGUACAGUGAGAUAAUAAAUACUCCCUGCAGCUCAGUAGAGAUUUUGGCCCUUUAAAAGCGCUGUAAACUUCCUCGAGGGUUCCUUGCUUUCACUAACUAGCAGCAGCUCAGAGAAACCCCGCGUGUGGCUUCAAUAGCAAUCAGCAGACCCCGCAGUUAGACACUAGCCAGUGGAGACAAUUACAACAGCUGUUUUUCUUAAAGGCUGCUUAGGACCAAACUAACCUAAAAAAGUUAUUUAUUAUUUUAUCGUACGGACAGGAAUUCGACUCCAGGCAAAUACUUCCUCUUCAGGUGGGUGUUGGCAGCUGUUCCAUGUCAACAAGGUAACUGGAGUCAGUUCAUCAGCACUCAUUGAAAUCCUUUGGACCUCUUCUGACCCCUGGUGGCCAGAGGUUAAACUAAACUAAAAAUAAACCCCUCGUAAGCACUUUCAAAUGGGGUGGCUUUGCUUCAAGUGUUUCCCCAUCUAAAAAGCAUCUGAAAUUUGAGGGAAAGAAUAUGAGGAAAACUAAAAAAAAAAAACAACACAAAAA